CAAGUCAAAAUACGCAUUACUCUGUGGCAACGGAAUUUAUGUGAGUUUGAAAGUGCAGUGCAAGAAACAUGAUAACUUGUUAAUGAGCAACAAAUAAGAAACCCUCUUUUCUUGAAAUGGCAACCUCUCAGGUUGGUAACAGUUACAGAAAUGGCACUCACUCUCACAGAACCUCUCUCAAGCCACAGGCCAAGUCAAAGCCUACGCAACGCCGUAAUAGCACCGGCAAGGACCACGCUGCUGCCGUUCCUGGAAGAGUAAGAGUGGCUGUUAGAUUGCGGCCGCGAAAUGCAGAGGAAUCAGUGGCGGAUGCUGACUUUGCUGACUGUGUGGAACUGCAGCCAGAGCUCAAGAGGUUGAAACUUCGGAAAAACAAUUGGGAUGCAGAUACUUAUGAAUUUGAUGAGGUGCUCACCGAAUUUGCAUCACAAAAACGCGUUUAUGAAGUUGUGGCCAGGCCUGUUGUGGAGAGUGUCCUCGAUGGUUACAAUGGGACAAUUAUGGCAUACGGGCAGACUGGUACCGGUAAGACUUAUACUCUUGGACGACUUGGAGAGGAAGACAAUGCUGCACGUGGAAUAAUGGUGCGAGCCAUGGAGGAUAUUCUUGCAGAUGUUUCUUUGGAAACUGAUACAGUCUUGGUCUCGUAUUUGCAGCUUUAUAUGGAAACUAUACAAGAUCUGCUUGACCCUGCCAAUGAUAACAUUACCAUUGUAGAAGAUCCCAAAACUGGUGAUGUUUCAUUACCUGGAGCUAGCCUAGUUGACAUUAGGAACCAGCAGAGUUUUGUAGAACUAUUAAGAUUAGGAGAGGCUCACCGCUUUGCUGCGAAUACAAAACUGAAUACAGAAUCUUCUCGAAGUCAUGCUAUUCUGAUGGUGCAUGUAAGGAGAUCUAUAAAAGGAAGGGAUGCUGCUCUUUCAAGUGAAAAUGGCAGUCACCAACACAUGGUUAAAUCGAUAAAGCCACCUGUUGUUCGGAAAGGCAAAUUGGUUGUUGUAGAUCUUGCUGGUUCAGAGCGAAUUGACAAGUCAGGAAGUGAAGGACAUACACUAGAGGAAGCCAAAUCUAUCAAUCUGUCCUUGAGUGCAUUGGGGAAGUGUAUUAAUGCACUUGCAGAGAGUAGUGCGCAUGUGCCAUUUCGAGAUUCAAAGCUUACUAGACUGUUACGUGAUUCAUUUGGAGGUACAGCAAGAACUUCACUAGUCAUUACUAUUGGACCAUCUCCACGGCAUAGGGGAGAGACUGCCAGCACUAUAAUGUUUGGACAGAGGGCUAUGAAGGUGGAAAACAUGGUGAAACUAAAGGAGGAAUUUGAUUACAAAAGCUUAUCUAGGAGGUUAGACAUAGAAUUAGAUAAACUCAUUGUGGAACAUGAAAGGCAACAGAAGGCAUUUGAGGAUGAGAUCGAAAGAUUAGCCACUGAAGCACAACAUCGGAUAUCUGAGGCUGAAAGAAACUAUGUAGAUUCAUUGGAGAAGGAGAGAUCAAAAUAUCAGAAAGACUAUAUGGAGUCAAUUAAGAAGCUUGAAGAGCAGUUUAUGAUGAAUCAACGAAAGAAUGAGGAAUCUCUUAUGAAAUCGAGUGGAGAGACUCCCAAAGUGUCUGCUGAGGAACUGGCUGAUUUGAAAAAAAUGCUUCAGAAAGAGUCUCAUCUAAGAAAAGCUGCUGAAGGGGAAGUACAUAAUCUGAAGAUUCAUGUGGCUGAACUAAAAAAGUCAGAGGCAUCAGGAAAGUCGGAGAUUGUAAAACUUCAUGAAAUGUUGGAAGAUGAAGAACGUCAAAAAGAGAAACUUGAAGGAGAAAUAGCAAUAUUACAAAGUCAAUUGUUGCAGUUAAGUCUUGAAGCUGAUGAGACCAGGCGGCAACUUGACAGAGGUGGGCUUGAAAAAGAAAUCGGUGGUCUUAAUUCUCUCACUUCCCAAGUUAAGCAUCAGCAACAAGCUUCAGGAAAUGGAGAGAAGCCCUCAAUAGCCAAGCUCUUUGAGCAAGUGGGAUUGCAGAAAAUUUUGUCAUUGCUUGAAGCAGAAGAUGCUGAUGUGCGAAUCCAUGCUGUGAAAGUUGUAGCAAAUCUAGCGGCUGAAGAAACAAAUCAAGGGAAGAUUGUUGAAGCAGGAGGGCUCACGUCCUUGCUUAACCUUCUUAAGAGCUCACAAGAUGAGACCAUACAUAGAGUUGCAGCAGGUGCAAUUGCAAAUUUGGCAAUGAAUGAAACCAACCAAGAACUCAUUAUGGCCCAAGGGGGCAUUAGUUUGCUGUCAAUGACUGCAGCCAAUGCUGAAGAUCCUCAAACCCUUCGAAUGGUUGCUGGAGCCAUUGCUAAUCUUUGUGGCAAUGAUAAACUACAAACAAAACUGAGGGACGAAGGUGGUAUCAAGGCACUGCUGGGAAUGGUCAGAUGCAGACAUCCUGAUGUACAUGCACAAGUUGCUCGUGGAAUAGCAAAUUUUGCAAAGUGUGAAUCAAGAGCAUCUACUCAAGGGACAAAGAGUGGAAGAUCUUUCCUUAUUGAAGAUGGUGCCCUUCCAUGGAUUGUGCAAAAUGCAAAUAAUGAAGCCGCGUCCAUCAGGCGUCACAUUGAGCUUGCACUCUGUCACCUAGCACAACAUGAAAUAAAUGCAAGAGACAUGAUUAGUGGGGGUGCAUUGUGGGAGCUAGUUCGUAUCUCCCGAGAUUGUUCAAGAGAAGAUAUAAAGACUCUUGCCCAUCGAACACUAGUCUCCAGUCCCUCUUUCCAAGCUGAAAUGAGGCGUUUGCGGGUAAAUUACUGAAGAAUUAUGUAUAGUAAGCUAAAGUGGGCUGAAAGAUCCGAAGACAAGUAAUACUUUUCAAUAUUUUGGAUGUAACUCCACAAGUAAUCAAUCAGGAUGGCUUUCUUCAGUGUUCUAGCUGAAAUUCCAAACAAGCGUGAGUGAGUUAUUGUAUGUUGUUGAUCCAUCAAUGAAUGGCCAUAAUUUAUCCAAGUCAACAUGGUGUCUUUCUGGUCCGCUUGCUAGUGGCCAAUUACUGGGAUGUAAAUUGAUUUGUAUAUGAAAUAAAUAGAUGUAAGGGUAGUGACAGUUUUGAAUUUCUUCCACGAAAUAACUCGUUGUCAUUCAUAAGGACAAUAGUUGAUUUGUUGAUUAGUGAUGAUUUUAAUUGUUUUAA